AAUACAACGACAUUAAACUUAUUAGCCCAAGAAAUCCAUAAUAAAUAAAAAAAUACCAUUUCACUAAUCCGACAAUGCCGAACGUUGUGGUUACUUGCACUUUCAAUCCCCCCGUCAUUACUGUGAACGGUGCGAGUCUCCGGCAGGACACUAUCGACGCGUUGCAAAAAUCACUGCCAAAGCAUACAACCACAAGCAUGCCGACACAACGAAAGACUGAGCCUUGCUUCUUAUUGACCUCUAAAGAUAACACGGAAGGGAACACCGAAAAUGCCACACCAGAUGCGAACAGUUACUCGAGUUGGAAGAUUGAAUUGGGUCAGCAUUAUUGCUGUCAAAACGGUCGCUCCAUGUUCUUCCUCACUAUAAUGGAGUCGUUGGAAGAGGAAGGAUUCGCGAUGCGUGGUGUUCACACGAUGGUAACCGAGGAAGGCAAGGAUGUUACUCGAAUGAUAUUCGCGCGCGCAUGAACGAGUAAUGGAAAGCCAACCUUGAAUAUGGACAAUGUCGCUUGAGGCGAAGGCAGCGCACUUGAUAAUAGAUUUUGAGACUAAACCUUUAGCGUAGCAACUGCAUAUAAAUUGUGCUGAUUAUGUAUGAAAAAGUUAUUUUUAUUCCUUUUUUUACGGGGAAAGGAUUUCGUAACAUGUAUUUUGCUUUUCUCGGUAUGUAAAUGAAUCGCUUCUCUUUUCGCAACGGUAGAUCGAACAAAGGCGCAACAUCAUUACCGCUGUGCUAAAGAUAUGUUUUAAAUGGCACGUUGAUUCUUAUGGUGAAUAUUGAAUUCUAGGGACACACCGCCCUCUCUAA